ACAUACCUGUGGGGCCUGAAGGGGCCUUUUGCUAACACCGGAACAGUUGGCCGGAGAGUUCAACCGCAAGCUUAAGAGAUGCCGCCGAAGGGGAAAAGUGGUUCUGGAAAAGGAGGGAAAGGAAGUGCAGCCUCUGGGAGUGACAGUGCUGACAAGAAGUCUCAGGGUCCUAAAGGUGGUGGCAGUGCAGUAAAGGUCAGACAUAUUCUAUGUGAAAAACAUGGGAAAAUCAUGGAAGCCAUGGAAAAGUUAAAGUCUGGGAUGAGAUUCAGUGAAGUGGCCACACAAUAUAGUGAAGAUAAAGCCAGACAAGGGGGUGACUUGGGUUGGAUGACCAGAGGAUCCAUGGUGGGCCCAUUUCAAGAAGCAGCAUUUGCUUUGCCUGUAAGUGGGAUGGAUAAGCCUGUGUUUACAGACCCACCAGUUAAAACAAAAUUUGGAUAUCAUAUUAUUAUGGUUGAAGGGAGAAAAUAAAAUCAUAUGA